GACGCGCUGGAGGAACGCCGUGCCGCGCGGAGCGCUCAUUCACCUCCUCUCACUCGCCUCCUCUCCAUCAUGGAUCCCCUCCGGACGCGCGUGCUCCUCUCUGCCGGAUAAACCGUGGACCUACGCUCGUGUCAUGGGAGUAUACGGCCGGUGCGCGCGGCUCCGUGGAUGUAGGAAGGCUUAAUGGAAAGCAUGUCACCGCAGCAGGGGAGCAUGGGGCAGAACAGAUCCGACUCUCUGACCGCGGAGGGCAAGACGCUCCAUGACAGCAAAAAGAAAAUGAAGACUCUGGCUCAGAGGCGACAGUCGGCUCCUUCUCUGGUCAUCAGCAAAGCGCUCACCAGGUCAAGGAGCACAUCCAGGGAGAGCUGCCUGACGCCAGUCAGCCCAGAGUCCUGUCCGCUCGUCCAGGCCUUCCUGGCCGAGAGUCCCGGCCGCCUGUUCCUGGGCCACGCCCAGACGCAGCUGAAGACCGGCCUGCAGACCCAGGAGAGACACCUCUUCCUGUUCACCGACACGCUGCUCGUCGCCAAAGCCAAGUCUCCCUCUCACUUCAAAGUGAAGGCCCAGGUCCGGGUGGGGGAGAUGUGGACGGCCGGCUGCAUGGAGGAGGUGUGUGAGGGAAGCACCAACCCGGAGAAGAGCUUUGUCCUGGGCUGGCCCACCUGCAACUGCGUGGCCACGUUCAGCUCUGAGGAGCAGAAGGAGAAGUGGUUGGCGCUCAUCAGCAACCGGAUAAGUUGGGGAAAAGAGCGAGACGAUCCCAAAACGAUUCCCCUGAAAAUAUUCGCAAAGGAUAUUGGAAACUGUGCAUAUGCCAAGACGCUUGCGGUCAGUAACUCUGACAGCGCCACAGACGUCAUCCACAUGGCACUGCUGCAGUUCGGCAUUUCAGGCUGUGUGAAGGACUAUCGGUUGUGGGUGAAUUCCAGUAAGGAUGAACCUCCGUAUCCUCUCAUCGGCCACGAGUUUCCCUUCAGCGUGAAGAUGAGCCACAUCCGGGACGGCGGGAGCGGCGGGAGCGGCGGCGGCGGCGGAGGGCUGGGGGUCGGGGUCGGCAGGGACCCCAUGAGUCCCACCGACUGUCCCGGAGUGCUGCUGCUGGACCAGUGCCUUCCUCCGGACACCCAGUGUCAGUUCAUCCUCAAGCCCAGCAAGGUGGUGCCUUCAGCGCCCCAGCUCAUCGAGCCCGGUCCGCAGAAGACCUUCAAGAGGAAGAGAUCUCUGAUCAACUGGCCCUUCUGGAGAGGGUCCAGCUCGCAGCUGGACGGCCUGCCGCUGUCUCCGUCCUCGCCGUCGCCCACUCAGGGCCAGCUGUUCGGACGACCUCUGAACUGUCUGUGCACGUCGGAGAGCGGGCUGCCCAAACCCGUCAUGGACAUGCUGGUGUUCCUGUACCUGGAGGGGCCGUACACCAGGGGCGUCUUCCGGCGCUCGGCGGGAGCCAAGGCCUGCAGGGAGCUCCGGGACCGGCUGGACAGCGGCUCCGAGGACCCGGAGAUCACACACCAGUCCGUCUUCGUCAUCGCGGCGGUUCUCAAGGACUUCCUGAGAAACAUCCCGGGCAGCAUCCUGUGUGUGGAUCUGUACCAGCAGUGGAUGGACGUGAUGGAGGGCGAGGGAGAGGAGGAGCGGCUGUCGGCCGUCCAGAGGUUGCUCCACCUUCUGCCGAGCGAGAAUCUGCUGCUCCUGCGACACGUCCUCGCCGUGCUGCACUGCAUUCAGGGCAACGCCCACGACAACCAGAUGAACGCCUUCAACCUGUCUGUUUGCAUUGCUCCCAGCAUGCUCUGGGCUCCGGCGCCGAGCACCCCUGAGGUUGAGGGGGAGGCCACCAAAAAGGUGUGCGAGCUGGUCCGCUUCCUCAUCGAUAACUGCGGCGGCCUGCUGGGCGACGUCACGGCGCUGUUCGCGGCGUUCAGCCAGAAGAGCAGCAGCAGCGACCACGGAUCCGACGUGUCGUCCUUCCAGAUGAACGACUCGUCGUACGACAGUCUGGAGAACGAGCUGAACGACGACCCCGAGUCGCCCUACCAGGAGCAGCUGCCGCUCCGCGACAAGGACAAGCCGGACAGCCGCAGUCGCGACUCCGUCAUCACCCUGAGCGACGGCGACCCCGACGGCGACGCCGAGCCCGAGGCCGACCUCCUGCUGCAGCUCCCCCCUCUGGCCAGGCCCCGGCGCUUCAGCCCCGCGGUCCGGCAGCCCCGCGCCCGCCAGUCCAACUCGUCGCAGGGUCCCAGACGGCUGAGGAGGAGCUCGGAGCCCGCCUUGGCCUUGGCGGGCACGCCGCCCUCCGGCACGGUCACGGCCCACGCCGAUAACUGCCACCCGCCGCCGAGGAAGGCGAGCUACGACGCGGCGAUGGAGGGCGAGGCGGAGGAGGACGAAGUGUUUCUGGAGCAGGGGCUGAACGGGCUGCAGCUGACGGAGGAGGCGGAGGACAGGUGUCAAAAAAGAGGCGCCAAAAUCCCAAAUGGCGGACGGAGGAAGACAAAGCUCGCCCCUCCGCCUCCGCUGCGGCUGGAUGCCAGCUGCUCCAGCCUGUCCUCACCGGCGACCUCCCCAACAGGCUCCUCCCUCAGCUCUCUAGACUCCGCCUUCUCGCAGUACUCCACUGACUAUGCCACCAAUGGGACGAUCCCUCUGUCUGAGCCGGCUCCUCUCUCGCCUCUUUUCCCCGGGAGGCCGCAGCAGUCCCCCAGAGGCUCCCCCCCUCAGAGGGAAGCCCCGCCCACCUGGCCCCAACCGCCACAGCCCCUCCGGACCAGCCAGACCGCCCCCCAGUCGCAUGGCCUUCAUCCCAACACGUGGCUGAAGAAGGACCGGUCCCUGACACUGAAGCAGCCCGACGGCGGACACCAGGAGGGCUUGCCUUCGGCGAACGGGAAAUCCCACGCCGCCGUUAACGGCUGCUCUGCGGCGAAUCAGAACGGCCAUCGGCGAUCGAGCAGCCCGCCGUCGUACCAGCAGGCCGUGAUGCAGCUGCAGCGCCACCGCUCUCCGUUCUACCGGGGGGCCGAGAAGCCCCUGACGGUCAGGGAGCUGAGGCAGCUCCACCAUCGGACGGGGGCCGAAGCUGCGCCGCCGCCCGCCGGGGGCGACUCGCUGCUGCCCCCGCAGGGCGUGUUUUACGGACAGAGCGCCACCACGCUGGUCCUGCACAGGCCGAAGUCUCACUCGCUGACUCCUGCCACAGAGGGAGACAAAGGGAGCAGGACGCUCCCCCGCCGGGCGUCCGAACCCGCCAAAGGCACCGCCUACUCCCUGACUCUGGACCGGCCUCGCAGCGCCAAAGCUCAGCCGCAGGACGGCGGCCUGAAAGCGUCCGACGUGGAGCCGGGCCGCGCCGGACCGCACCCCAGCCUGUCUGCCUCCGCCUCCCGGGCCGUGAGGGACUACUUCACCUCCCAGAGCCAGGAGGACGCCGAGGCCUGCCUGCGGCGGAGUCAGGAGGUGGCGCUCGCCAUCGUGCAGGGGAAGAAGGAGUGGCAGAAGCGGCGGUGCAGCGACCCGCGGCUGGAGGACUUUGAACAGCUGUUUUUUGCAGAAGAGUCGUACGUGUAAAUAAGACGUUUGUACAGCAAAAGUGUAUUUGGGAGACUGGUUUUUAUCGAAUAUGUUCACUUUUAUCUGACUGUGUCAAUCGUUGUGGUUAUAUUCCCGUGUGUACUCCGUUUCCUGUCGCAGAGUACAGUAAUGGUACUGCCAAGUCGUCUGACAUUUGUAUUAUUUUAACAGGUACAGAUGAACUUCAGUGGUUUACUUUCAAACACUGUAUUCUGACAGAAAUCUGGCAAACGUUGGACUGAAAACUUUCAGUGCUAUCAUGUCUGACAGCGCUGAAAGCUGAAGGCAAGCCGCCCUGGUUUACUGAAGUGUUGAGAAACACUUUAAUUUGAUAGUCGAAAUUCAUAAACACUCAUAUAAGAUGUUGCCAAAAAACUGGUCAGUGUUAGUUUGUGUGCCAAGCUUCAGUAUCUGCUCUAGUUUUGCCUUCAAAAUGUAACUUUUUAUAGCAAAUGAAAAAAAUACAGGUCAAGUUGAACAACUUUACCAAUGAAAAGGAAACGUAAGGCUCUUCCAGAUUCUCAGAAAAUGUCUGAAACGUGUGAAAAUGCAUUUUUAUGAUUAUCAAAGUCCAAAGAGUAUCGACAAAGAUUGACAGGAAUUCACGGCCACCGCAUAGAACAAACUGUAAUUGACGUUCCUCAAAAUUUGAUCCAAAAAAUGUGUCCAUCGUAAGCCAGUGCAGAAAGCUAUUUGCCACAUUUUAACAGACACCCUUGAUAUUUUUUCCAUAACAGACACAACACUAAUGUGGACUGCUACAGUUUUGUGCACAUUAGAAGUAUUUAUCUCUGUUCUCCACUCCUCUUAUUCCUGAAGUUGUAAGUUUUUGAGCCCGAUCCACUUGCUAAUUAUUCCAAUCACAGGAGCACUUUUACCGUUUAUACGAAACGCCAUCCAGCGGGUGAGCUCCGUCAGAGCGUACAUGGUUUUAAUCAUCGACGCUCACUGGUAUUUCUUCGUGUGUGUGUGUGUGUGUGUGUGUGUGUGUGUGUAUUGUGGGGAUGUGUUUUGAGCUGGAUACACCAUUCAUCAACUCUUACUGUUAUUUGAUUUGUCAGUAAUAAUAUGAGUUUUUCACUUUAUCGCUGCAGUGUCCAGGUCUGAUGGCGGCAUCGCUGCAAUGGAAAGGUUGUGAAUACACACUCGAACUGUGCUGUAAGAGGCGCUUUAGUGACUGGUGUACAUCGUGUUAAUGGGACGGCACAGUGCAAUGCAGCUACUUCAUCAUGUAUUAUUAACUUUAUUGACAUAUCCACAACAACAAAAUGUGUUCUUCUUGUACAGUCCUGUAUAUUUAUGAUACAGAUAUAAAUAUAUAUAAUAAAUAUAUAAAUAUUACCUUGUUAUCUUGGUCAAAAGUGUAUUUUUGUACAUGCCAAUUCUGCUGCUGCUGUCUUUGUAGAAAGUAUAUUUGCUAUAAAACGCACCAUUUGUAUAUUGUGUACAUCCUGAUGUCCAAUGCUCACGAGAACAAGAUAUCUCUGAUUUUUAAUAAAUGUUGCUCUUGUGAAACGUC